UUGAGAUGUGCCCCUGUGCACACAGUGCAUACAAAUUCAGUUAAUGCAACUUUUGUAGACGAAAAAAGGAAACAUACAGCAUGGGAGCAUCUUCCUCUGGGUUGCUGGAUGAGGCCAAAAUCAACCACAUCAAAGGUCUCGUUGACGGUACCUUUCAGAGCUUCAGUGGGUUUUACCGCCAGCAGUACUCCGUGACCUACCUUGGACACAUUCACCAGGAGUUUCAGCCUAAGAAAGAGGGGAAUGGCUUAUUGCUCACACAAAAGCCCAAGAAUGACGGAGAUGAGGUUCUGUACCAGGGGAGCGUUAAGAUGUCCGCCUGGGAUGAGCAGGGGAAGAAAUCCAAGGAGAAAUAUGUUGUCUUGAAGGGAGACUACAAAGUGGAAAUACACGACAGCACGGAGACUUUUAGUCGUGGAUCUCCACCUAAGCUGGUCCUGCAGCCAGCAGGAGGAGUCGUGUUCACCAGUGAGGAAGAGUCGAGAGCUCACUUGGAGAAAAUCUGUGCAGGAAUACUCGAUGGAGUGAAGGAGGAUUCUUCUUCUUCAGGGGCGUCAUCUCCAGAUAUGUUUGCUGUAUAUCUGCAUCUGCCGUACACAGGCCACACCUGCUUCCUGUUUCAACAAGAAGAUGAAAGAGAUCACUUCCUGUCUGUCCUCAGGGCCUGUAUUAGACACCGCAACCUUGACCCCUGGCAGGAUUUGCCCCACGAGAGCCAGGCGUACUCCCGAGCCCUCCGUCUGUACCGACAGGAGAAAGGCUGCUAUGAAUCCUGGGAGAAGCUGCUGGGCACCGAAGAACAGGUGCUGGCCCGCCAGGUGAUGGAGGAAGUGUUGUCAUGGUUACAGAGCCAGCUUCAGUCUAAGGUGAAGGGCAAGAAGACCGAACGGAUCCGACAAUGGCAGGCAACGGUUCAGGCGACCUACACUCUGGUGCUGGAACAGCUGACUGCAGGUUUGGAGGCGCUGAGGGAGGAGUGUCGUCAGACUGCAUCAGCCAGCGCGGCGCUCGUCUUUUCCAACAUGGACCAGAUAAUGACCUCUCAGGACUUCCUGGCCCAGAAAGUCAGAGCGUACAUAUGUGAGGAAGCGGAGAAAGUGUGCAGCGAGGCUGUGAUGCCCUACAUGCCCUCCAUCAUUGAAGCGCUAACCGAACACAUCGGAGGAGGAAUUCUGGGGAUGCAGGACACGCUCCGAACCAAGAUGAACUCCACCUUUACUCUCACAAAUGGAAAGGUGGAGGACAUACAAAAGAUCUUGACCAGUCUGCGCUCCAUCAGACUGGAUGAAGACUACAGAAAGGUGGAGAACCUGAGCGAGAAACUGGAAAACUUAAAGCAGAGGUUUGGACUCGGCAGCGUCGAGAGGCUCGUUCACUCUGCACACCUGGAGAUGGAGCAGCUACUGGACAGCGCCGUUUACACUUUGGGGCGGUUCUUCCAACCAUCAACCAGACUGCAAUCGUCUCAGGUUCCUGACAAGAUGGAGAGAGCUAAAGAAAGAGUAUUCAAGCAGCUGGACUACGACAGCAGAGUGGUGCAGAGGAGGCUGUAUCAGAAAUCUCUGCUGGAGAUCGCUCUGCCUUCUCUCCUCAGCAAGAUGGACAGCAAGUACAAAACAGAGCUCCAGCAGUUUGAGCAGUACAUUUUUUCUGACUACAGCAGUUUUAUUCUGGUUCACAAUGUCUACGAUGACAUUCUGAGAAACAUCCUCCAAAAGGAGAUACACAGAGCACUCCAGGAUGCUGCUUGUAAGAAGAGUAAUAAUGUCCUGCUGGAGACGUCAGAUUUAGCUAUUAGUGAGUACAGCCUGCUGGCACAGACGCCUCCUCGCUCUGCUCCUGACAGCCCAGCAGUUCAGUCUCGACACUCCUUAGAGGAGGAGCAAAGUGGCGAUAAAGAAACCGCUCCUGUGGAGGAAGAUCAGGACAAAAUGCUUGACGUUUGCCCUGAGAGCGAUGCAGAACUUAAGGACGACACCAAACGUGAGCCCAGUCCUGCUCGGUCUCCUGAUCCGAGCGCUCUGCUUCCGUCUCCUGUGAUUGUUGUGACGCAGCAGUUUGAGGAACAUGAGAGCAACGAGGGUCAGAGCGCGAUGGAAACCAAAGAAGAGAAUAAAAGCGAGGCAGUAUCCAAAGCACCAGAUACAACAGCAGUCGAGUCUUCCAGUGUGGAUGGAGCCGAAGCUCAAGAAGUUGAUGCGGCUGCUUCAGGAUCCACCGUCCAGGAGUCGCCUGAUCCAGCUCCGCUUGUCCUGAUCCAGACAACAGAUGAUGCACAAACUGAAUCUACUCCAAGCGCUGAAUCGACGCAAGUAACACCUGAACUCUCGACCUCAGGCCAAACUCCAGAUCAGGCAUCAGAGACCUCCUCUGUCCAGCCCGCGUCACAAAUGCAAUCGCCCGGCACAGAGGGUCCUGUAAAACUCAGCCUGGGGUCACUAAGUGAAGCGAUUGCACCGUGCUCCAUGGAGCCUGUGGUCCAGCAGACCACCGACAGGGCAGUGUACCUGACGGGCCAAAUCAAGGAGAACUGGGAGGCAGAGAGAGCAAAAGAGGAGAAACAGAGAGAAGCGUCAGAGAAUGACGAAAAUGAGACCGGAGUUGAAGAGCAAGAUGGAGGACAACGAGAAGGUGUAGCGCCAACAGAAGGUGAUUCUAGCAGCGCCACUGUCUCAACAACACAGCAGCUGACGGAGAAGCAAGAAGUUCCGGAUGACGAUCAGACGGACGGCGAGAGCCCAGUAGAAGCUGAGGUGGAGGAAGCGGACCCCGCAGAAGAAAAGCAAACCCAAGAGAAGGAGGAAGAUGUCCAAAGUUCAGAGUCGGACUCUGAUCCGUUGGGCAGCGUGUCCAUCAUCAGAGAUCUGGUGACUGAGAUCAUCGAAGUGGAGACGAUCGUCAGCCCCUGUGAAAGCAGCAGCAGCAGCAGCCCGCCCCUCACAGAAACAUCAGAUUAACGUCCACAAAGUGUAAAAAGAAACAAACAGAUGAAUUAACAUUGAAAGAAAAAACAAAUUACAACAAUACACUUAUUUGUAAAUUAUGCAUAGAGCAGAAAGGUUAAAUAGGUCAAGCCAUGCUUGUUUGUUCACAAUUUAUUCAAGAAAAUUUGGAGGAUUAAAAAAUUUUAAAAAAAGAUUUAAUUCUGAUAUUUUGUUUAUAUCAUGUUCUGUUUUUAUACGGGUCAAGUUGCCAAAUAAAACAUGCUUAAAUAGC